AUGCUUACAAGAAAACAACAAAGAGAACUUCAAAUGAAUAAAUAAAUAAUAAAACAAAAAUAAAAAUAAAGUUAAUCAUCUAUCAAUACUAGUUUGUCAUCUGAAUUAUAAGAAAGUGUUUUACUUGAAAUGUUAGAUUUACUAAAUAUUGGAAAUAAAUUGUAAAUUGAAACAGAUUUUCAAGAAUCUUCUUAAGAUCCUUAAAUUAAAAGAAUUGAAGAUUUUAAUAAAACUUAUCAUCAUGAAUGCUUAUAAGUUUUAAUCUAUGAUUAGAAUGACUCUAGUUAAUGUCUAGCUAAUCAUAGAAUAAGAGAAUGGGUUAGAGGUAAAAUGAUUGAUUGGAUGAUUGAAGUUUUUGCAUCUAAUAAUAAAGAAUAUUCAAAUAAUGAUCUUACCUUUUUUAGAGCUGUUAAUUUAUUAGAUGCAUAUUUAAGAAGCUCUUAUAAUUUAAAUGAAUCAGACAUGUAUUUAAUUGGAGUGACUUGUAUUUUAAUUGCAUCUAAAAUUGAAGACAUUUAUCAAAUUUCCAUUAAUACUAUUAUUUAAGAUCUUUCUCAUAAUAAAUUCUCUUUAUUUUAAAUCAAAGAAUAAGAAUCAUUCAUUCUUGAAACUUUAAAUUAUGAUACUUGUUUUCCUACUGUAAAUGAUUAUUUACAAUAUUUUUGUUACUAAUUAUUUGGAUAAUAACAUAAGUAUUCUUAUUUAAAUAUUUUGUUUAGUCAUGCUCUUUAAAUAAUCUAAGAAGCAGCUGUUUACACACUCAAAAUGUGUUAUCAUGAUUAUGCUGUUAUGCAAUGUCAAUAAAUUUUAUUAGCAGCCAGUAUUUUAGGGUUUACGAUAUAAAAUUAUGUUGAAUUACAUUUAUCCUAAUUAACAAGCGAUUUAAAAAAAUAAUUACUUUAGACUGUAUGUACAAUAUAUAAUUUUAAAAGUAGCAUACUCUUUUAAGAAUAGGAUCAUUAGAAAUAGCAGAUUACAUGGAAUGUAUUCAAAAAGUUGAAGAAUUAACUUAAAUAUUUCAUAGUAAAUAUCCUGAAUAUUAAAAUCUAUAAAGAUUUAAUUGA